CACAUUGUGGAUGAAUGUAUUUCAUACCACUGAACUGUCUGCUUAGAACUGGUUAAGAUGAUCCAUUUUAUGUGUAUUUUGCCACAAUUUUAAGAUUGGGAGUGGGGUGGGGGGAAGAAAGAAAAACCAGGCAUCAUUUGGAUCAGCUUAGUGAGCUCUGUACUCCUGAGUUCCUGGGCUCAAAGCUGCUUUCUGGUUCUAAAUGUGAAUUAUUCACGUAGAUUUGAUUUCUGGUAAAACAGACUGCAUAGGUCCACCUGUAGUUAAAGGAACAGCUGACCAGGAACAGUGGUGUUGGGAAUCACAUUUUGUGUGUGAACUCUUGCUUUACAGUAAUCCCAGAUUUCCUUAAGAGAUUAUAAACAUGAGGGAGCAUGUAUUUUAGACUAAAAAGUAAGCAGAAUGUAAAGCAUCAGUGCCUGCCGAAUUGCUAGAUAAGGGGAACUUAGGGGGAACAAUGUGGUGGGAAAGGGAGUAGGGAAUUGUUUUUUUCCUCACAAUAUUUAACAGGCUCUAAGAGACCAUUAUUUUACAUACCACUAAGAAAGAAAAAAAUAAAUGUUUCCAGCUAAAGUAAGACAUACCAAUGAUUGUAAAAUCCUCAGUUCAGAGAUUUUAAAAUGUGGGGAAAACAAUUUCGUGGAAUUGAUGAAAUAUUGGGGUAGCCUGAGUAUGGCCAUUGGUGGAGAUAAUGAGGGGGACAUAAGCCACACUCUGCAGCCAUCUCUUGAUGCCACUGCUUUAAAGGAUGCAGUUUUAAACCAUCCAGUCAAGUCUCCUUUGUACAUCAAGUUUCCAUCCACUCCCAGAACGACAUUAUAACAUUUAGAUGCAGAUGAGAGGGAAUGGGGAAGGAGGUCGGGGUGGAGAUAGGAAACAUCUAUGGAAAUACCACUUGCUUUAAAAACCAUUGAGAACUGACUCUAAAAGCAAACAUACUUUUUCUAAUUCUGUUAUUCUGUAGAUAGCCUUCAUAAAGCAUGCUCUCUACACAAGUCUCUAUUAGACCAGAAAUUAAGGCACCCUACGUCCACGUAGAUCUUAUUUAAAAACAAAAAACCGUGGGAUAAACAUUGUAGUGCUGUUUUGGAUCACUUUUUUACCUGAAAUCCAGUCUAAAUCUAAUUUCAGCAUUUAGUGUUCAAGCAGAAAUGUAAAAGAUUAUUGUUUGAAGACAUUUACUAGUGUUUUCUGUGCAUGAGAAACCUCUUUGUAGGCUGUUUGGGAAAUAGAAUUAACUUUCUGUGAGCAGUUUGGCUGUAUUGUUGCUAGUUUAUUACUAUUUACGUUGAAGUUUGUAUCCUAAAAGCCACCGUUCUGAGCACUCUGAACUUUCUUUUUCUUUCUUCAUACCAGCCUGACCUUGUUGUCCCUCAAUCAUUUGUCAUAAAAGUUUCUAAGGCUGGUAUGUUGGUGGAAUGUUGCUGUCUAAAGCUUUUGUCUAGUUCAAAAGGUUUUAACAAGUUUUAAAAUAAAUGCUCAUUUGUGAUUGGAACUGGUUUAACAACUUCUAUAAUCUUAGCUUUUUCAUUUAAUCAUGGUACUUAUAUUUAAAAGUAUAAGAGGGGAACCUUGCCUAGAGCUUUUAAUCUAAUGAUCCAAUUGGGAAAACAAGAUAGAUUAAUGAGACCUUGGAUGCUUACAUGCUGGGCGGCACAGUCAAUACUGGAGGCACCAUGAGGAACCAAGAUUCCAAACAGCAAACUGAAUUCUGGUGCAGUCUGCAGUGGACCUGAACUCAAGAAGCAAAGUGAAUUUUGAAAAUUGGCCCUGUGAUCUCUGGCACCUCCCCCAAAUCCUGAUAUAUAGAAUUUAUUUGAUUGAUUGACCAGGAGUUGGAGGAUGGAGAAGGAAUAUGCAAUUAGCAUCACAUAACUAAUGGCUGGUUUUAAAAUAUAAACUGAUUGGUAUAGUUUGUCCUAGAUCUAUUAAAUGCUUUAUGAAGUUUUAUUCUGGUUUACAAUCCCACAAGUAUUUUUGUGGCCUACCACAGGCAAGCACACUGCCAGGGACCGGGAAAACAAGGCCCUGAUAGCAUAGGUUUAUUGAUUUAUCCUUUGUUUCACAGGAGGUAGAUAAUCAUAUCCUAGUGUUGGGCCUCGAUGGAGCAGGAAAGACCAGUCUUCUCCACUCUCUAGCUUUAAACAGAGUCCAGCACAGCGAGGCACCCACCCAAGGUUUCCAUGCAGUGUGCGUCAACACUGAAGACAGCCAGAUGGAGUUCCUGGAGAUUGGUGGCAGUGAACCUUUCCGUUCCUAUUGGGAAAUGUACGUUUCCAGGGGAAUACUGCUGAUCUUUGUGGUGGAUUCAGCAGAUCACAACAGAUUACCUGAAGCCAAGAAAUGCCUUCAUCAAUUAAUUGAAACAAACCCAAUCAUCCCUCUGGUUGUGUUUGCAAACAAACAGGAUCUUGAAGCAGCCUAUCACAUUACAGACAUCCACGAAGCUUUGGCCUUAUCUGACGUGGGAAAUGACAGGACGAUGUUCUUGUUUGGGACCCAAGUGACUGAGAAUGGCUCAGAGAUACCCUCCACCAUGCAAGACGCCAAAGACCUGAUUGCACACCUGACUGCAGAUAUGCAGUGACCAGGCCCAGGCCCACUGUGCCACUCACAAUCUAAAUGUCACCAGGGAGUGUUGAGUGGCAGGCUUGACGCCAACAGUUUCCACUUUCAAAUAAAAAAUAAGCCAUUUCCUAUUUUCUCAAUGCAUGGCAUAUAUACAAAGAGAAUGUUAAUUGAUGAAGAGCAUGUCUUUAUUUAGAUUUUGCACUUUGAAAGUAUUGGUAACUGUAUUUGGGGGAAUUUGGAGUUCUGUUGUUUGUUUUAAUCCUCACACGAGGAAAUUUUUUCCAUUGCUUUUCAGA